GGGGGUUGACAGGUGAAGUGGUCACAUUGCGCAUGAUGCGUAUUGUUGAGGGACAAUCUAUCACCGUUAUUGUUAUUGUUAAAAUCAAAACGCGUUCGUAAAUUGAAUAGGAAACGUUGUUCAAACAAACAUGUCAAAGAGAUAAAAGAUGAAAUACUAAGCUGAACAUCAUCCCCACCCUGCAUUCUUUUCCCCAAAACUGCGCGGGUGUCAGACAUUACUGAGACAUGACCACUGCCCAGCUGACGUUUGCUUGAGAGGAGGAGUCGCCUUCUUCAGAAUCCAACAUCACUGUGAGAAAUGUUCAAGAAAGUCACAGUCUCUAAUUCCCGAGGUACAACAGUCUGAGUCGAUACAAGGACUUUUGUGGAUGGUCGGAUCGAGCGCUCUAUGAGAGUGAAAACAACAUGAAUUGUGAGUGCAAUAUUUUGAUGCGGAGGGGCAUUGUAUGGACUCAUUGCUGGACAAGUUGCAUAAAUAGAAAAUAAGAAAACGUGUGGCGAGGACAGACGCACUUUUCUCUAAAACAAGCGCUCAAACUCUCAGGAAUGAAUUUGAAUGUUCCCCCAGCUAAGAAGUAUUUAUUUAAUUUGUAUUAUUUACUGGCUGAAAUAGACAGUAAUAACGCUUUGUGGAUAUUUGACAGUCAACACGUUGAUGGAUCCAAUAACUAAACAACUCACUUGAUUUUUCCAACUGGCUGUGGUGCAACGUGUGGCUGCAACAACUUUGUGAAACAUCCACUAAAACAAAGAAAAGUGGUAAGAUUGGCUUACAGUUUGAUACUGUGCUGCAGUCAAACUCACCAGGACAGCCUGUAAUACAGUCGGUCAUCAUAUAGAGCUCAGACAUGGAAAUGACCAACAGGUCCCAGCUGAACCCCUACCACAACGUGAUGCUCACCCCGCUAUACUUAAUGGAGGAGAACGAAACGAACUCCACCGCUGGAGAGCGAAACUCGUUGGGCUGCUUGCAGAUCCGCAUCCCGCAGGAGCUCUUCCUGGCGCUGGGGCUCAUCAGCCUGGUGGAGAACAUCCUGGUGGUUCUUGCCAUCAUCAAGAACCGCAACCUCCACUCGCCCAUGUACUACUUCAUCUGCUGCCUGGCGGUGUCCGACAUGCUGGUGAGUGUCAGCAACGUGGUGGAGACCAUUUUCAUGCUUCUCAACGACCACGGCCUGAUGGACGUGCACCCCGGCAUGCUGCGCCACCUGGACAACGUCAUCGACGUGAUGAUCUGCAGCUCCGUGGUGUCCUCGCUCUCCUUCCUGUGCACCAUCGCUGCGGAUCGCUACAUCACCAUAUUUUACGCGCUGCGUUACCACAGUAUCAUGACCACACAGCGCGCAGUCAUUAUUAUCGUGGUGGUGUGGCUGGCCAGUAUCACCUCCAGCAUCCUCUUCAUCGUGUACCACACCGACAACGCUGUCAUUGUGUGUCUCGUGACCUUCUUCUGCGCCACCCUGGUGUUUAACGCCGUGCUGUACCUGCACAUGUUCGUCCUGGCGCACGUGCACUCAAGGCGCAUCGUGGCUUUCAACAAAAACAGGCGCCAGUCCACGAGCAUGAAGGGAGCCAUGACCCUCACCAUCCUGCUCGGGGUCUUCAUUGUAUGCUGGGGCCCCUUCUUCCUCCACCUCAUCCUCAUCCUCACCUGUCCCACAAGCCCCUUCUGCAACUGUUUCUUCCGAAACUUCAACCUCUUCCUCAUCCUCAUCAUCUGCAACUCGCUAAUUGACCCGCUCAUUUACGCAUACCGGAGCCAGGAGCUGCGUAAAACCCUGCAGGAGCUGGUCCUGUGUUCAUGGUGCUUCGGUGUGUGA